GAUCACUGCAACCACAGCGCAUUGUUGCAAUUGAACUGGCUGGCGGGUAAAUUUCAAUAUAAAAACGGUGCCACCGCCAGUUGAGUUAACUAGUCGUUUGGUUACAGCAAUCACCAGCUGAACAUUGCCAAGUAAAGUUACAACAAGUUCUUUGAAGUCUCAUUCAACCGCAAGUCAACAUGAAAUUCCUCAUUGUCACCAUUGCCCUGUUCGCCGCCGUUGUCAUGGCCCAGGAUAAAUACACCACCAAAUACGACAACAUCGAUUUGGAUGAAAUUCUAAAAUCCGAUCGUCUCUUCAGCAACUACUACAAAUGUUUGGUGGAUCAGGGCACCUGCACCCCCGAUGGCCGUGAAUUGAAAAAUACCCUACCCGAUGCCUUGCAAACCGAAUGUAGUAAAUGUAACGAAAAGCAAAAGGCCGCCGCCGAUAAGGUUAUUCGUUACAUUAUCGAAAACAAAGCCGAAGAAUGGAAGGCCUUGCAGGAGAAAUACGAUCCCGAGCACAUCUAUGCCACCAAAUACAAGGCUGAAGCCGAGAAACGUGGUAUCAAGAUCUAAAUUUGAUGAAAUACCUCAACUACCCCGCAAAGAAACCAAUGGCCAAAUACUCAAAGUAAUGAUCGGAUGAUGAUGAGAGGGAAAUUUUCGGAAUUCAACGAAAAGUUUUUUUACUUGUUUUUUUAUAGUAGAAAUGUUUUGCAACAACAAAAUUGAAGUCUUAGUUUUUGCACCAAUUGUUAUUGUUUGUAGAUGUUUUGUUAAGUUUUUGAAAACAAAUCUGUUGGUCAUAAUAAAAGAGUAGAAAUUUAAAAAAAAAAAAACA